AUGACUCGUGUACUUCUGACUGGUGGAAGCGGUUUUAUUGCCUCCCAUGCCUUGGAGAUGCUCCUAGCCCGGGGCCACUCCGUUGUCACCACAGUUCGUUCUCAGACUAAGGUGAAUGCCAUCCAGCAAGCCUACCCGGAAAUCCCUCAAGAGCGGUUGUCGUUUGCCAUUGUUGAGAACAUUGCCCAGCCAAAUGCCUUUGACAAAGCGGUGGUCUCUGACCCUCCAAUUGAGGCUGUCAUCCACUCCGCUAGUCCAUAUCACUUCCAUGCACAGGAUGCUCAGGAACUUUUGGGACCUGCAAUCAUAGGCACAACUGGAGUUCUCAAGUCCGUUCAAAAAUAUGCGCAUCUCGUGAAACGCGUAGUGGUGACAUCCUCAUUCGCCGCUAUCAACGAUGUCUACGCUCCGUCCGCAGGCAAAGUCUAUACCGAGGCAGACUGGAGUCCCAUAACAGAAGAGCAGGUAAAUGAAAGCCCUGCGAACGCAUACCGAGCUAGUAAGACAUUUGCUGAACGAGCAGCAUGGGACUUCGUCGAGAAGGAAAAGCCAAAUUCCACUCUCGCUGUCAUCAACCCCCCUCUCGUGCUCGGUCCAAUUGUCCAUAAUCUUACCUCCCUAGAUGCACUGAACACGUCUAACCAGCGCAUCCGUGCCCUCCUCUCUGGCGCAGCUAAGAAUCGUUGCCCGCCGACCGGAAACUAUGUCUUCGUUGAUGUGCGUGAUCUAGCCCUCGCGCAUGUGCUUGCUGUUGAGAAGGAAGCAGCAGGUGGCAAGCGAUUCUUUGCUGUUUCGAGCCACUUCUCCAAUGCAGAGAUCUCAAAUAUUAUCGGUGAAGAGUUUCCCCAGUACAAGGAUCGCUUGCCCACUGGUGAUGCUUUGAUCCCUGGACAGUGUCCUGCGGAUGUGUAUGGCUUUGGCAAUACCCGUGCGAGGGAGAUUUUGGGCGUUCCUUUCAGGCCUUUGAAAGGGAGCAUUGUUGAUUCUCUUAAGAGUUUUUUGCCUUUGGGUGUGGACAAGCUUUCGGUGUAA